AUCUAUCCUUGACUUUACAGAGAAAAGAGAUGAGGAAGAUUUUGAAGAGAAGAAAGCUAUUAAAAAAAGAAUUAAAGAACUUAAAUUUCUAGAUUCUAAAAUUGCCCAGAACCUUUCAAUCUUCCUGAGUUCUUUUCGGGUGCCAUAUGAAGAAAUUAAAAUGAUGAUACUGGAAGUAGAUGAAACACACUUGGCAGAGUCUAUGAUUCAGAAUUUAAUAAAGCAUCUUCCUGAUCAAGAACAACUGAAUUCAUUGUCUCAAUUCAAGAGUGAGUUUAACAACUUAUGUGAACCUGAGCAGUUUGCUGUUGUGAUGAGCAAUGUGAAGAGACUACGGCCACGGCUCAGUGCUAUUCUCUUUAAGCUGCAGUUUGAAGAGCAGGUGAACAACAUCAAACCUGACAUCAUGGCUGUCAGUACUGCCUGCGAAGAGAUAAAGAAGAGCAAAAGCUUUAGCAAGUUGCUGGAACUUGUAUUGCUAAUGGGAAACUAUAUGAAUGCUGGCUCCCGGAAUGCUCAAACCUUCGGAUUUAACCUUAGUUCUCUCUGUAAACUAAGGGACACAAAAUCAGCAGAUCAGAAAACAACACUACUUCAUUUCCUAGUAGAAAUAUGUGAAGAAAAGUACCCGGAUAUUCUGAAUUUCGUGGAUGAUUUAGAACAUUUAGACAAAGCUAGUAAAGUCUCUGUAGAAACGCUGGAAAAGAAUUUGAAACAGAUGGGAAGACAACUUCAACAGCUUGAGAAAGAUUUGGAAACCUUUCCCCCUCCUGAGGACUUGCAUGACAAGUUUGUGACUAAGAUGUCCAGCUUUGUUAUUAGUGCAAAAGUACAGCAUGAGAAACUUUCAAAGUUACUUGAAAACAUGGAAAGAUUGUACCAGAGCAUAAUGGAAUAUUAUGCCAUUGAUGUGAAGAAGGUAUCAGUGGAAGACUUUUUUUCUGACUUGAGUAACUUCAGAACUACAUUCAUGCAAGCAAUAAAGGAAAACAUCAAAAAAAGAGAAGCUGAGGAAAAAGAAAAACGUGCCAGAAUAGCUAAAGAAUUAGCAGAGAAAGAAAGAUUUGAACGCCAGCAAAAGAAAAAGCGCUUACUAGAAAUGAAAACCGAGGGUGAUGAGACAGGAGUGAUGGAUAGUCUGCUGGAGGCCUUGCAGUCGGGGGCUGCCUUCCGAGACAGAAGAAAAAGGACACCGAAGCCUAAAGAUAUUCGGCAAAGUCUCAGUCCACUGUCUCAGAGGCCUGUUCUGAAAGUUUGUAACCAUGAAAAUCAGAAAGUGCCAUUGACAGAAAGCUCACGUUCUCACUACAAUAUCAAUUGCAAUUCCACAAGGACUCCAGCCGCCAAGGAGCUUAAUUACAAUCUAGACACUCACACAUCUACAGGGAGGAUCAAGGCGGUGGAGAAGAAGGAAGCCUGUAAUAUGGAAAGCAACAGAAAAAAGGAAAUGGAACUUCCUGGCUCUGGUUCUAAAAGCGAGUUGGCUCCUGAAGUUGAAGCCCUACUGGCAAGAUUGCGAGCUUUAUAAAUUAAACUGGUUAAAAAAAAUGAUUAAGCCAAAUAUAAAGCCAUGCUUUAAGCUAUUACAUUUGAAAAAAUUGCUUUUAUAUAAGUGACUUUAUAUAGUUUUAAAUUAUGCUAUAUAUUAGAAAAUCAAGCAUAAUACAUGAUUGC